UAUACUCUCUUCCCUGCGCGGCAACGAGGCGAAGCGGGAGGUUGGGGAGGGCACGGUAUAAAAGUAGGGAGUAAAAAAUAUACCACAAGUGUAAAGGAAAGACCAAUCUUGCCCCCACCCUCCCCCAAAGAACUUUUAAGCAUCCGGACAGUGCUGUAUAUCCGUUUUUUAAAUGGAAGCGGAUAGUUUUAUGACGAGACGCCGGAUGACUUCGGAAACUGCCGGCGGGGACAGCAGUGUCACUGGUUCAGGAGCUGCUGCGGAGAUUCGCUGGUUUGGUAGACGGUUUCUGGACGUAUCGGACGGGAUUAUGAGCAGUCUGGCUCCAAGGAGUGGAGGUGAUACGGAGCUAUAUCACUUGCAACAGCAAACCUCUUCAGAGGCCGACGUUAUCCCCCAGGCUGAUUAUGAAGGUCUACCGCAAGGAGCGUCAGUUUCAACGCACAUGUUGGCUGGAGCUGUGGCUGGAAUUAUGGAGCACUGCUUGAUGUAUCCGGUCGACUGUGUUAAGACAAGGAUGCAGAGCCUUCAACCUGAGCCUGCUGCACGUUACCGGAAUGUGAUGGAUGCUCUCUGGCGCAUCAUCAGGACUGAAGGAAUUUGGCGCCCUGUGCGAGGCUUAAAUGUUACAGCAAUAGGGGCGGGUCCAGCGCAUGCACUCUACUUUGCCUGCUACGAGAAGCUGAAAAAGACACUUGGUGAUAUCAUCCAUCCGGGUGCAAACAGCCAUGUGGCUAAUGGUACUGCUGGGUGUGUAGCUACAUUACUUCAUGAUGCUGCAAUGAAUCCAGCUGAAGUGGUGAAGCAGAGAAUGCAGAUGUUCAACUCUCCUUACCGCAGCGUUUUAGACUGUAUGAGAGCGGUAUGGCAGAAGGAAGGCCCAGGGGCUUUCUAUCGCAGCUACACUACACAACUCACCAUGAAUGUCCCUUUCCAAGCCCUGCAUUUCAUGGCCUACGAGUAUCUACAAGAAUUGCUCAAUCCUCAUAGACAGUAUAAACCUUCUACACACAUGAUAUCAGGAGCACUUGCAGGAGCACUGGCAGCAGCAGCUACUACUCCACUGGACGUUUGCAAGACGCUGCUGAAUACACAGGAAUCGCUGGCUCUGAACUCCCUCAACAUGAAUGGACAUAUCUCGGGUCUGGCCCAUGCUUUUCGGACUGUCUACAGGCUGGGUGGUAUUCCUGCAUAUUUCAAGGGAGUACAGGCUAGGGUCAUCUACCAGAUGCCUUCAACAGCUAUCUCCUGGUCAGUCUAUGAGUUCUUUAAAUAUUUUAUUACCAAACACCAGCAUGAAAAAAGAAAAGCACUCUAAACAUUCAGUGUUCCCUAUAACCAAAAGAUUUUUUUUUGACUUUCCAUAGAAAGAAAUGUGCUUAUAGACAAGCAUAAAAUCUAUCUUUCACCAGAGAAGGUGAUUUACUUCUCAUUUCACUAGUGUAUUAGAUGGAUAUUAUACUCUUCAGAGGGUAUUAAAUUUGUUGCAGCAGUGCAUUUGAAAAACAGUUCCAAAAUCCAAAAUGCAAGUCAAAAUGCAGUUGGCCAGAAGGUGGCAGUAUUGAGCUUUUCACCUGCUCUAUAACACAGUCGUGCUAAAUAGCAGAAUACAGAAUCUUUUAAUGAUGAUGGAUGAUGAUGGAUAAUCAAGUCAUUCAAACCUAAGACGUGCAGUUUUUGUUUAAAUUCAGAAGGUAGUAUAACCUUUCAGGUUCCUGUAUAACACCAGGCUGUUUAUGCUUUUGAGAUACAAAGAUGUGAACUGUGUCAGUUCACAUUGUUAGGCUGUAUUAAUUUUUACUAAAAUGGUAAAGAUGUCCUACAGUGAUUUAGGAAGGCAUCUAAAUAUGAUCACAUUCUGGUAUCUAUUCCAUCUUUAUUGAUAAAUUUAAAUAAGGACAUUUCCAGUCUUAUUCCAGAACUUCAAAAAGUGAUAAAUUUAGAGUACCAUCAUUUUACUAAAAUAUAUUAACAUGUGCCUACUUUUUGUGUAUUAAGAACUCCUUUUUAAGUGACAUUUCCAAUUCAUCAACAUUCAUAAAGACUAAAUGUGCUUCACAGAAGUCACACUAAUGUAUAAGAUUUGUGAUAUCAAAUCUGCCAGGUGAGAAGGGUGGAAACAUUUAGGAAUAUGCCUUUUUUUCCCCAGUUAUCCUACAAUUGUGUGGUUGGUAUUAAUCUAUCAUCUUCAAGUACACACUGUUUUAAGUGUAUUCGUAAAGAAGAUACAUUUCUGUAUUUUGUAUGACUAAAUUGUGUUACUAAUGUAUCCUUAUUGGAUGGAUUUUCUUUCUCGUAUAUGGAUGCAUUUUAAAAAUGCCAUUAAGUUAUCAAUAUAAAAAGGAGGCCACAAGAAAUAAUCCUGUUUUCAUCUGUGAGAAGACAUGUGUAGAUGUACUGAAUUUUGCUUGUCUAAUAAUCACAUUCACUGAACAUCUCAGUAUGUUGCUAGCUUACUCUGAAAAUGUAAGCAGCGCACAAUUAUAAAGAGAUUUUGUAAUUGCCACUAAACAAAUUUUACGUACAAAUUGCCUUAAUGGGUGGUAUAACAAAGGAUCACUGUUUACUGUUAAUGCAUCUUUCGAGGCAGCUGCUGUAUCGUUCCUGAACAAGGCAAAGUUGCAUAAUCCAAUUGGCUUUGCUUGAAAAUUUUUGGGGAAAUGCUUUAAUAUGUACUUUGUUCCAGGGUCAACAUUUUAGCUAUAAUUUGACCAUCCUAAAGGAUUCAUGUCUGGAUUACCUGUACUUUCUAUUAACCAUCAAUAAACCAAAGGCAAGAGAGGUUCAUCCAUGGAA